UUCAGUCUGUUACUCAACAAAGUGCAGCCCAUUGGAAAUCUGAUCUUCUUUCUAAUAAGAUCUCUCCAACGAUUUUCUUUCCACAGAGACACAAUUUGACUUACAUUAAGAGCACAACAGUCUGACUUUGACAUCUUUGCCAAUCCUUUCAUCAUCGAUGUCUGCACUGCACCCCAACAGCUUCAGAGUUAAUUGAACUUCAAAGCGACAGUGGCCUGAGAGCAAAGUUCCAGGAUGCUGCAAUCCAGGAUUUUUACCGUCUGCUGCCCCCUGGUUUGAUGCCACAGCUUCGACUUCAUGCUGCCCGUGUUCUGACCAUGUUUGGGAGCACCUAUCAGUGCGGACAGUUUUUUUCCAUAAUGAAUCUGAACAAAAACAAGCACAGAUCACGCCUCACGGAUGACAACCUCCAUGCUGUUCUACACAUUGCCUGCACAGGACCUAAAACCAGACAUUGACACACCGGUAAUGGGAAAACGGUGUCAGAAAUCUGGUCAGAAAACACACAGCUGAGGUUAUGGAGAGGCAGAUUAUUCAGCAUACCCGGGGGGCCUUUGAGAGUGGAAGAACUCGUCCUCUUGAGUUCAGGCUGCAGCAGCUUCAGGCCCUGCAGCGGAUGAUAAGUGAGAGGGAGGUUGAUAUCGUCACAGCUCUCAAACAGGAUAUUAACAGGAGCCAGUAUGAUACAUCACUUUUGGAGUUGAUUGGAAUAGAUAAUGAGAUUAACCUGGCAAUGGAAAAACUGAGAGAGUGGGCAGCCCCUCGGCUGGUGGAGAAGAAUCUCUUCACUAUGUCAGACGAGGCUUACAUCCAGCCAGAACCCCUGGGAGUGGUGCUUAUAAUUGGAGCCUGGAAUUACCCAUGGGCCGUAACAUUGAUACCUCUUGUAGGAGCUAUUGCUGCAGGCAAUGGAGCUGUGGUGAAACCGUCAGAGAUUUGUGGUUACUCAUCUCUACUUCUCGCAACACUGCUCCCUCUCUAUCUGGACAAGGAUCUAUACCCAGUGGUGGCAGGUGGCGUUCCAGAGACACAGGAAUUGUUGAGGCAGAGGUUUGACCACAUCUUCUACACUGGAAGUAGUGUGGUAGGCAAAUUAGUAAUGGAAGCUGCAGCGCGACAUAUCACCCCGGUGACUCUGGAGUUGGGAGGGAAGAGUCCUUGCUACAUCGACAAGAAUUGUGACAUCAGAGUUGCCUGCCGUCGUAUAACAUGGGGAAAAUUUGUCAACUGUGGGCAGACGUGUAUUGCUCCAGACUACAUACUGUGUGAACCUUGUGUACAAGGUCGUGUGGUGGAAUGCAUCCGACAAACACUUUUGGAAUUUUAUGGUCCAGACCCCAAAUCAUCACCAGACUAUGGUCGCAUCAUUAACCAAACUCACUUCAACAGAGUUGUGGGUCUGAUGGAGGGGUAUGCACCAGUACUUGGUGGCCAGUAUGAUGCCUCACAGCGCUAUAUUGCUCCGACCAUAUUGAAGGAUGUGCCCCCUGAUUCCAAGCUGAUGCAGGAAGAAAUAUUUGGUCCUCUGUUGCCGAUAGUGACUGUGAGUGGCCUAGAUGAAGCCAUUAACUUCAUCAAUAAGAGAGACAAACCUUUGGCCCUCUACAUAUUCUCCUCUGACAAAAAGGUCACUAAAAAGAUGAUCAAAGAGACGACAAGUGGAGGAGUGACUGUUAAUGAUGUUAUGAUGCACUACACACUAAUUUCACUCCCAUUUGGUGGUAUAGGUCAGAGUGGUAUGGGCUUCUAUCAUGGCAAACACACCUUUGACCGGUUGAGCCACCAGAGGGCAUGUCUACUCCGUUCACUUGCCAUGGAAAGUAUCAACCUAGCUCGCUACCCACCUCAGGAUCGCCAGCGAGCAAGAAGGGCACGGUUGGCCCUAAUGUCGCCCUUGAUUGACUUAUCCAAGAAGACUUAUAUUUGGGCCAUCAGUGUGACUGUCAUUGCAUUUGGGCUACUCAUCACUUUGCUAGUUAUUCUUCUUCUUGCUGCAGGCUUGAAUUGUACCUGCUGGUACUGGAGAGGUUUUUUUAAUUAGAAGAGGAAAAUGACUGCCUUAUAUACGAUACUUAUACAUGAUUGUCAGUUUGAUCUUAUAAAAAGUGGUGGAAAGUCUGUCAAUACUAACAGGAGGUCCGUCAGUCUGCUACUGACAGACUCACGUUUUGGUGGUGGGCUGAUGACUGAUGGAAACAUUGAUGGUAUAAGCGCCGGCAGAAGCGAAUUUCGUCCGCCCCCAAACUGUCACUAACCCAAAAAGCAGGCAAACAUUUGGCUAAUAAUGUUUUGUGGCACACAUUGGCACGUUAGCUCCAUCCACAGUACAGAAAUUUCUGAAUGACCACGCUGUGUCAUAUCAGUAGCCUGCUGGCUUUCGUAAUGAAAGGUUUUCGGAAAUCCUCUACAUUCUUGGACGCCCCAAAAAUAAGCCCUCUCCUUGGCCUUCUUCCCCAAGGAGUACAGGGAGGUGUGGGUAGUCAUUAAGUAUAACACCACUUCCAUAGCGCCGCUGACAACAUCCAUAAGCCGAAGAAGCACCAACUUCCAGAAGCUGGUGUUCCUCAAGGCAAUGGUCCCCAACGACCAGUUGACCUUCCAAAGCACAAUAUAUACAUAUAUAAGGCUCUCUUAUUAUCAAGAAUUGUGAUACAACUGUCCUCAGCUUUGAGCUGAACAACAGAUAAACAUAAGGGAUGGCAGAGAUGCGCAAGACAGCAGCCAAUCAAUCAACCCUUUUUUUUCUACUUUUAUUUGCAAUUUGAAAAUGUAAACUAAAAGUAAAAAAAAAAAAAAAAA